AAAAACCGGAUGCGGAUAGAAAUGCGGUUGUGGUGUCCGUAGAGAGAGGCGUUGGUGUUUAUUUUGGUCCCACUUUCGAUUCUGCGGGGAACGAAGCGAGACGACGAGGAGGACUAAGGAAGAGCAACUAGGAGGAGGUAGAUUUUGUAAAACUAGAGGCUAUGGCGUCUAUUUGCCUGUCAAUUUGCUCGACCUCGAAACCCUUAGUGGUGCCUCCUACCUCUGCUGCAGCCGUUGCAUCUUCUUCUUCACCGAGCUGCCUUGGUUGCCGGUGCUCUCUCCUUUUCUCCACGGCAAUGUUUGGCUCUGGACGCUUGCUUUCUUCUACUACUAGUAGUAAUACCAAUCGGAGCCGGCGACAAAAGAAAGUGGUUUGUAUGGCUCCUGAUGAAGAAAAAUUGACUCGUCGAAAUCCUCUCGAUUUCCCUAUCGAGUGGGAAAGGCCCAAGCCUGGACGCAGACCUGAUAUUUUCCCCCAGUUUAGCCCUAUGAAAACACCAAUACCACCCCCAUUGCCAUAUGAUCCUCCUGAAGAAGAUGAAGAAGAAGAAGAAGAGAAAAAGAAAGAGGAAGAGGAGGAAGAUCCUGAAAAGGAAGAAGAACCAAAUCAGCCAGAUAAGCAGUAGUGUUUUGUCGCAGCAUGGAGCCUUGAAUUUCUUUAGUGUUCCUUAUGUAACCACCAAGCUUUUCAUAGUUACAUCUAGCUUUUAGUACUGCUGAUAGAAACUGGAUGAGAAUGCAAUAAUCAUCAUCCAGUAAGAGUUUUGUCAUGACUGGUGUUUCCCAGUUUGAGCUGAAAGGAUCUUGCAAACCCCCUUUUGGGACAUUUUCAAUGCUGAAGAGUUAUAAGUAGGAUUUUUUUUCUUGUUGCUGUAAUUUGAAUAUUGUUUGACAUGUUUGAUUAGUAAAUUCCAUUUUUGAUA